UGGGUGAGAAAAUUAGCUUGUUAGCAAUAAUGGUUCUGGUGGGUGACAGUCUUCACAAUUUUGCUGAUGGCUUGGUAAUAGGAGCAGCAUUCUCGUCCUCAACAGAAACAGGUGUGACAACGACUAUUGCUAUUUUAUGCCAUGAAAUUCCACAUGAAAUGGGAGAUUUUGCUGUGCUGCUAAGUACAGGGCUCCCCACAAGGAUUGCAAUUUUGAUGAAUUUUAUAAGUGCGCUAACAGCAUUCUUAGGACUUUAUAUUGGCCUUUCUGUAUCAACUGACCCAUGCAUUCAAAACUGGAUUUUUACUGUUACAGCUGGAAUGUUCUUGUAUUUAUCUUUAGCAGAAAUGCUUCCUGAAAUGACUCAUAUUCAGACACGGCGACCCUGGUUGAUGUUUCUCCUACAGAACCUUGGAUUACUAUUAGGCUGGCUUUGCCUCUUGCUUUUGGCUAUAUAUGAACAGAAAAUUAAAAUAUAAGUUUUCUGUUGGAAAUCUUGAAGUACCACUUAUGACAGUGGAUAGCAUUAUUCACAAUUUUGUCAUGUCUGCUAUAGUGAUAUAUAAAUUAAGUUGCUGGGAUUUUAUAUCUGAACAGUAGAUAACUAUUUCACUUUAUUAACUUAUUGUUCAGAUUUUGUAAUUUUUUUUGUAAACAUGAAUGUUUAGAAUUAUGUUUUAUUUGUUACUGAGUUUACUAGAUCCCAUGCUCAAACUCACAGGAGCUUUUGAUUAAUUUUUAUUGAGACAGUUCUAGUUGAAUGCUCUAAGUGAUCUCUGCCAGUCUGAUUGAAGAAAAGAAUAAAACACUUUUAUAGGCAAUAAUUAAAGUGGACUAACCAUAGUUGAAUAAUUUGAAGCAGAAAUGGUUUUUGCCUCUUAGCACAAAGAAUAAAUGUAUUUCUAUAAAUCUAAAAAGUAUAGCAAAACUAAACUGUUAAAUGGCAUACAGC